GCCAUUCUAAAAAUUUCCUUAGUCCCCUCCAACCCAAAUCCUACUAUCCGACGAGACACUUCAAGAUUCUCAAUUCACAUAGUCGAGAAAACAAGCAAAAUGUUGAGACAAAUAAAACCCCGUAAUGCUCGCUCGAAGCGAGCCCUCGAGAAGAAAGCUCCCAAAGUGGUCGAACAUCCCAAGACAGCUCUAUUUCUUCGUGGAACCACCUGUUCCCAAAUCAUACAGGAUGCCCUAACCGACCUGUACUCGUUGCGACAACCACUCGCCAAGAAGUUUACGAAGAAGAAUGCCAUCCAUCCCUUUGAGGACCCCGCAUCGCUCGAGUUUUUCAGCGAAAAGAAUGACACGUCGUUUCUCGUCUUCGGAAGUAGUUCCAAGAAGCGCCCGCACACUCUGACCCUGGCGCGUACAUUCGCAACCAAGAUCCUCGAUAUGCUGGAACUACACCUCGACCCAGAGAGCUAUCGCCGCAUCGCACAGUUUAAGGGCCGCAAAUUCGCCGUUGGCCUGCGCCCCAUGAUGCUCUUCUCCGGCACUGCCUUUGAGAGCCCUGUCGCGAACGAAUACACCAUGGCCAAAAGCAUGCUGAUCGACCUAUUCAAGGGCGACACGUCGAGCGACAAGAUCGACGUUGAGGGUCUGCAGUAUAUCGUCAGCAUUGCGGCAGACGAACCAGUUGGUGAUGACGUCAAGCCGGCAAUUCACCUGCGCAUCUACCUCAUCACAACAAAACGCAGUGGCCAGCGACUCCCGCGUGUUGAGGUCGAGGAGAUGGGCCCGCGCAUGGACUUCCGCGUCGGCCGCAUGCAGCAACCCGACGAGGCCAUCAUGAAGGAAGCCCUGAAGACCCCCAGGGCUGGCUUGGAGAAGACGAAGAAGAACGUGACGACGGAUACCAUUGGUGACAAGCUUGGCCGCAUCCACUUGGGCAGACAGGACCUGAGCGAGUUGCAGACGAGGAAGAUGAAGGGACUCAAAAGAAGCCGUGAUUUGGAUGCGGAAGUGGGAGAUGUAACUGCCGACGAGGAUACCCUAAAACGUCAGAAGAAGUAGACGAAAACUAGUUUUUCAUUGGACGAAAUCAGACACAUGGGAUGGCGUUUAGGUUUGGUAUUUUGCUAGGCAUUGCUAUGUGUACAUGUACAUUGUCCGACGGAGUUGGGAGUCUUCCCCCUUUUGAUGAGAUGAUAUCUACAGACCAUCCGGUUUUUGUACUCCUCAUCAUACAAAAUCUACAGUUGCGUUAAUAGUACUUCCUACCAAGUUACUACUGCUGCUGCUG